AUGUCUCGAGAGCACGGUGGCAGGGUUGAUCCAAGUGAUGGAGGAGGGGCUGAUCAGACUACAAUCAUGCGGGCUAUGCAGCAACAAUUUGAGCGCAUGAAUGUCGUGUUCAAUGAGAUUCGAGAUCGGUUGGAUAGGCAUGAGGAUCGGUUGGAUAGGCAUGAGGAUCAGCUCGAACAACUUCAGCAAGAGCCAUUACCUAGGCAUCGGAGACCCGACCAGCGGCCACAUUUUGCUCCAAAUGUCCCAGAUGAUGACUAUGAUGAUGGGGCGAGCAAUGAAGUGGUCUCCAAUGCUACUUGGAGGAGGGCUAGGGCUAUCAGACCCGAAAGGCCAAGGCAUGUUCAAAGGCAACACCGAGAAAGGGAAGCCGUAGAUCGUAACAUGGGCACCAUCAAGCUGUCCAUUCCUCCAUUUCAAGGUAAAAAUGACCCUGAUGUUUAUAUUGAAUGGGAGAGGAAAGUUGAGCUGGUAUUCGAUUGUCACAAUUACUCGGAGGAGAAGAAAGUGAAGCUUGCUGCGGAGGCUUUUACCGACUAUGCCAUUAUAUGGUGGGAUCAGCUAACCCUGAGUAGAUGUCGAAACCGUGAGCUUCCCAUUGACAAUUGGGAGGAUAUGAAAGCCGUUAUGAGAAGAAGGUUUGUUCCAUCUCACUAUUAUCGGGACUUACAUUUGAAAUUGCAAAGUCUGAAGCAGGGGUCCAUGACUGUGGAAGACUACCACAAGGAGAUGGAGAUAGCCUUGAUUCGGGCUAACAUCGAGGAGGACCGAGAGGUGACCAUGGCUCGGUUCAUUUGUGGCCUGAACCGUGAGAUUGCCAAUAUUGUUGAGCUGCAUCAUUACGUGGAGCUUGACGAUGUGAAGUGGGGAUCAUCAAAACCAACUGAGAAAGCAGUUUCAAAAUCAAAGGGAGAGACGAAUAUGGCCAAGACACAACCUAGCAACAAAGAUAGGGGUCAUAUUGCUUCUCAAUGCCCAAACAAGCGAUCAAUGAUCAUAUUGGAUAAUGGGGAGAUCGAAACUGAAGAGGAAGAUGAAGGAAAUGAGUCCACUCCAUCAGUUGAAGAUACUAGUGAUGUUGAGCUUACUGUUGAUGGCCAAGCUCUUGUUGUGCUAAGAGCUCUCCAUAUGCAAGCCAAAGAAGAUGAUGAUGGGUUGCAAAGGGAGAACAUCUUCUACACCUGCUACCAUGUGAAAGAUCGGGUAUGCGGUUUGAUUAUUGAUGGUGGCAGCUGUGUUAAUGUGGCAAGCAAGUUAAUGGUGGACAAGCUUGGUCUACCUACCUUGAAGCAUCCAAAGCCAUAUAAACUCCAAUGGCUCAAUGACAGUGGAGAAAUGAAGGUAACAAAGCAGGUCCUUAUUUCAUUUACGAUUGGAAGGUACACGGAUGAGGUUCUGUGUGAUGUUGUACCCAUGCAAGCUGGCCAUUUGCUUCUUGGAAGACCGUGGCAAUUUGACAGACAGACCACACAUGAUGGGUAUAAGAACUGCUACAGCUUCAGCAAGGAUGGUAGGAAUAUUACACUUGCACCUUUGACACCUCGUCAAGUAUUUGAGGAACAACUCCAGAUAAAAAAGUCCGUUGCAGCAAGAGGAAAAGGUGUGGCUGAGAUAGAAAAAGAAAAUGAGAGUGAAAAUGAAAAAAAAGAUGGUGGACUAAGAAUGAAAAAAGAGAGUGGAAAAAAAAGAUUGAGAGAUUUUAAGGAUGUCUUUUCCGAGGAUACGCCACCUGGGUUACCACCCAAAAGAGGAAUCGAGCAUCAAAUUGAUCUCAUUCUGGGAGCUUCCAUUCAAAACCGACCAGCUUAUCGAAGUAGUCCAGAAGAGACCAAAGAGCUUCAAAGGCAAGUCGAAGAACUUAUGACCAAAGGACAUGUUCGUGAAAGCAUGAGUCCCUGUGUUGUGCCUGUCCUGCUGGUUCCAAAGAAAGACGGGACUUGGAGGAUGUGCGUGGAUUGUCGAGCUGUAAAUAAGAUAACGGUAAAGUAUCGUCACCCUAUUCCUCGCUUAGAUGACAUGCUUGAUGAAUUACAUGGAUCCACUAUAUUUUAUAAGAUUGAUUUGAAGAGUGGGUAUCAUCAAAUUCGAAUUAAGGAAGGAGAUGAGUGGAAAACACCUUUUAAGACAAAACAGGGGCUAUAUGAAUGGAGGUUUGUGCCAAAUUUCAACACCAUCGCUGCCCCUUUAACGGAAAUCAUCAAGAAGAAUAUUGGAUUUAAGUGGGGAGAGGCACAAGAGAAAGCCUUCAACGCAUUAAAAGAAAAGCUAAGUACUGCUCCUUUACUACUUCUACCAUAUUUUUCUAAGGUUUUUGAAAUCGAAUGUGAUGCUUCUGGUAUUGGUAUAGGUGUUGUUCUUAUGCAAGAAAAGAGGCCAAUUGCCUACUUCAGUGAGAAGCUCAAUGGUGCAGCGUUGAACUACUCAACAUAUGACAAGGAGCUUUAUGCAUUGGUGCGAGCUUUGGAGACAUGGCAACAUUACUUGUGGUCCAAGGAGUUCAUUAUUCACAUGAACCAUGAGUCACUGAAGCAUUUGAAAGGCCAAGGUAAAUUGAAUCGUAGACAUGCUCGUUGGAUUGAAUUCAUUGAAAUGUUUUCUUAUGUGAUCCAAUACAAGCAAGGAAAAGAGAAUGUGAUAGCAGAUGCUUUGUCACGCAGGUACACCCUUAUCUCUACCUUAGGAUCAAAGUUUCUUGGAUUUGAGCACCUGAAGGAAUUGUAUGUGAAUGAUGCUAACUUUGCUGAUAUCUUUAAAGCAUGCGAAAAGGGUGCAUUUGAUAAGUUCUAUAUGCAUGAUGGUUACUUGUUUCGAGAAAAUAGACUUUGCAUUCCCCCAAAGUUCUUUGCAUGA